AUGCUUCCUCCUGACACAACCGACAGCAGAAGAAUAUGGCGAGAAUAUGAGGCCAGCAAUUACUGUCAACACCAAAACCACGCCCAUCCCGAAACACGUCCCCAUUGUCCAUGCUGGUCCAAUUGGGUUUCUGACCGCGUAGUCAGUCUUGAAACAGAGUUAGAUAGGGUACGGGGAGAGGUCAACUUCAAUCCACAGGAAGAGAUGACGCAUUUGCAGGAAGAAUUAGAAUCUGCACAGGCCAGGACAAGAUCUCGAAUUGCGCAAGAGACUCAGUAUCGAGACGAGAGGGAUAGACAUUUUAAUCGACUACUGGAUAUGCAGCGACAGAUUCAAAGCUGUGCUGCCGAUCUCGAAGCUGCCCGGGCCGGUCCAGGGCAUAAAGUAGUUCUUAACAAAAACGUAACGCUUGAGGAGUUCUUGAAUGUAGUGCGCCGAGAAUUAUUAUUCCGAGAAGAGAGAGAACGGAGUGGUAUUUCUCGAGAGGAAAUUGAAGUUAUACGUUCGGAUUUGCAUAAGCUCUGGCAACUUGCCGAAGCUGCUGCCGGGGUAGUCGGUAUCCAUCUCAAUCAAAGUGAGCUGAAUAUCCAAGAAUAUAUUAUCGCAUCCGUGCAAAUGAUCAAAGCAAUGCAGAUGGAAAUUAAGCAGAAGGAUGUUAGUAGUGAUUAUGUCAUGUUUUUGCAACAGCGAAACCGAGAGGGGGCAAGGGUGAUCAACGAGAUGGGUGAGCAACUGAGGGGUGUGUGGCAAGGAAAUAUGCCUGGUAUGGGAGUUGUACCUGGGAAUUUCACCGCUGCGGUUGGAGCUGUCAAUGUAGCACCACCUAUCGAUUUUAAGUCAUUCAAAGAACUUAUAUGGGGUAUCUAUCUAGGGCUUUUCAGUUCGGAGCGAAACCUCACGAGUAUAAUAAUGGAUCGACAGAUGGAGCUACCAAUAUGGGAACCUGAACCUAUUCGUAUUGAUUCCGAAAAUAUAACUUCUUUGAACAAAUGGGAGUUCUGUGCACAACUUGUUCGGAGAGAAGUUGACCGAUUCUUGAGACGAGUGUGGCAACUCUGCUUAUAUAUCCGCGAGAUGAAUGUACCAGGCAGUCAGGAUUAUUGGAACGGACCACACGAUGAUGACCACGGACGAGCAGUACAUGUGCACGACGCGAUGACCGCCGUUAUAGGACGAGGACUUAUCGCACAGACGGAAUUACAAGCCAAACGACAAUACAUUGAACCAGCUACCGACGCUGCAUACAAGACCGAUCUCGAGGAACGUAUUGAUCGACGAUAUCCCAUCUACCGAGACCUACAGGCCUCGAUCAACAAUCUCACUCAAAGAAUCAUAAUGUUUCGUCAAGUACCCCCGUCAUGGCCCGAACAGCACGAACGAGACAACACCGCCUUCUCACCCAAGAAGAGUUUCGAUUUAUUAGCCUUGAUGCUUUCGCGUAUUGAGAUGGAGUAUUUGAGCAUUCGGUUGAUCCAACUUCUCCAAACGACGAAUAACUACUGGCACCUAAUCCCUCGGGAUGACCCCGAAAUGGCCCGGUAUAUGUCUAAUGAGAUGAGUCACGCACAUGGUGUACAGGUAGCUUGUGAAGCGGAAUUAACACGACCAUCUGAGAUUGCGCCCCCUACUGCAUAUCCAGGGAAGAUGUUACCGCCGCUCCCUGCCUAUCAGCCAUAUGGAGAUCAAAUUAUUCCUAAAUUGACAUACAAUAACACUAACAAGGGGAAUAAAGACAAUUAUAAUGAUGGCAAGAUUGACAAGGAGAAAAAAGAUAACGAAUCUAAAGUAAGAGGCAAUAUUAACGUUUUGGAGAAGGCCCUGGAGAGUAAAGGUAUCAGGAACUUUCAGAAAAUGGCAAGAAAUAAAAAGGCAAAUUUUGCGAAUGCACCUAGCGACGCCUCAGCGGAUGUAAGAUUACAGUUGGAGCUAAAUAAGUUGCACGAAUACAGGAAAACGCUGGAGGGAUUAUACACCAAGCAAGGUAAAGGGAAGGUCGCCGAUAUCAAAGGUUACAAGAAAUAA